AUGCUGAUGUUAGGUAUCAAGUGUCCAGUAUGCAGCAAGUUCGUGUUGCCGGACGACAUCGAGUGCCACCUCGUCAUGUGCCUCACGCGGCCUCGUCUCUCGUACAAUGAGGACGUGCUGAGCGACUCGAAGGGCGAAUGCGUGAUCUGCCUCGAGGAGCUCUCCGCGGGCGACACCAUCGCGCGCCUGCCCUGCCUUUGCAUCUACCAUAAAGGAUGUAUAGACCAAUGGUUCGAAGUGAACAGAUCGUGCCCCGAACAUCCCGGCGAU